GGGCGGGUGCUGUGCAGUCAAUUUCAUUUCUGGUGAGAGAGUGGAUAAUAUUCAUACACUUGAGUAAAGCAUGGAAAUGGACAACUCUACCACGGCACAACCAAACAAUGAGACAAGUUGGAUGGACUUGGACCAAAAACUGGGCAAAUUAUCACUGGUUGUCUACUGUGUGGCAUUUGUGCUUGGUCCAAUUGGCAACGGUUUGGUGAUCUAUGUGACCAGCUGCAGGAUAGAGAAGACAGUCAACUCAGUGUGGUUCCUCAACCUGGCCUUGGCUGACUUCCUCUUCACUUCCCUUCUGCUUCUCUAUAUCAUUAACAUCGCCCGUGGCUAUGAUUGGCCUUUUGGUGACAUCCUAUGUAAGUUAAACACCAUGGUGACUGUGCUUAAUAUGUUUGCCAGCAUCUUCCUCCUUACGGCCAUCAGUCUGGAUCGCUGUCUAUCUACCCUGGCAGUGGUGUGGGCUCAGAACAAGCGCACACCAGGCAAGGCUGAGGUCAUCUGUGUGGGAAUCUGGCUAGCCUCAUUGGUCUGCAGUCUGCCAUUCGCUAUCUUACGAGAGAUUCGGACCUAUAAUAACAAAAGAACGUGCAGUUAUCGACAGUCAAUGUCUUUUUCCACAUAUUUAAGCCUGAUCGUGUUCCGGUUCCUAGUGGGCUUUCUCAUCCCCUUCCUAGUCAUCAUUGGCUCUUACAUUGCCAUAGUGCUGCGUGCCAGGCGCCUCCGGAGGGGAAUCAAUCGCAGGUCAUUCCGGAUCAUUGCCUCCAUUAUUCUCGCCUUCUUUAUCUGCUGGAUGCCUUUCCAUGUCUUCCAGUUUCUGGACUAUAUGAUUAGCAACAUGCCAGCCCUUCAUAUGGUGGUGCUUAUUGGGAAUCCUCUGUCCAGCAGUCUUGCCUUCCUCAACAGCUGUCUGAAUCCAAUCCUGUAUGUCUUCAUGUGUGAUGAAUUCCAAAAAAAACUGCGGAAGUCUGUGCUUCUAGUGUUCGAAAAAGCCCUUGCAGAGGAUCAUGGGAUUAGCUUUAUGUCAUCAUCCCGCUCACUGAGCUCCCACCUUUCCCGGAUUUCCCGUAAAUCUGAGUCUGCGGCUCCAGGAGAGGACACCGCCACGUCUCUGGUGACCAGGUCUAACAGUCAAGUGGCAACCGAGGUAUAAGAAGAGACAAGGGCUUGAACAUCUGCAUUAAAGAAUUAUUGGACUGUAGGGUGCAUUGAGAAAGUUUUCAAACCCCUUCACUUUCUCCCCAUUGUGUUGUGUUGUGGACAUAGUUUAUAAUUAAUUCCGUUAUUAUAUUUUGCCAUCAAUUUACACAAAGUACUCUAUAAUGACAGAGCUAAAACCUAUAUAAAAUAUUAUAUUCUGCAUUAUAUAAACUCUAACCACAGAGGUAAUGAUUUAUUUGUAAUUGAACACAGUCAGAUGUAUGUAUAUAUUAAUACUGAUCAUUAGGACUGUUAUAAUCUUGUGAAAUGAAUAUUCUGUAGAGUUAAGGAUGUAUUGUAGCUGGCCUUCACUCACAUGGGAUGACUACUGACCUCUGGUUAUUCAGGAGAACCAGAAUUUUACAUAGGGUUAGGUUAGAGUUAAAAUUGUAAUAUUGAUUCAGUUAUAUUUUACCAUCAAUUUACACUAAGUUCUCUAUGACAGAGCUAAAAAAAUUGAAAUGUGUACCAAUUGAUUGACAAUAAAAAAAUGAAAUCUAUAAGAAAAUGUUAUAUUCUGGAUUAUAUAAACUCUGCCCAAGGGAGAUUGUGCUCAAACCACAGAUGAAAUGAUUUAUUUGUAAUUGCACAGUCAGAUGUAUGUAUAUUUAAUACUGAUCAUUAAGACUGUUGAAAUAAAAAUCAGGUUAGCUUAGGGUUAAUAUGGUAUAAUUACCUAUUAACUUUACAUAGGGUUAGCUUAGGGUUAAUAUGGUAAUAUUACCUUUUAACUUUACAUAGGGUUUGGGUUAAUAUGGUAAUAUUACCUUUUAACUUUACAUAGGGUUUGGGUUAAUAUGGUAAUAUUACCUAUUAACUUUACAUAGCCGUCAGUCUUGUAUCAUUUACGGCCUGGCCUUCUGUGUAGGCACCUCCGGUACCAACAAAUGGAAGAGGAAUGUUAUGACAUGUGUAGAAUGAUAACAAUAUGACUACAGAUGAUUGUUGUUGGCCUUUGUACACAGUGAUUCACUCACUUUUUGCUGUGAUGUUUUCACUCAGUUGUGUGUUUUAUUUGAUUCACUCAGAAGAGUUACGUAACACAAUCAAAUUUAAAUAAAAAAUGUACAAGCACACUCCAGAAAGAAUGCUUUAACUGCUACACUAUAA